AUGGCUAACCAAGAUGGAAAGCUGCCGACGGACGAAAGAGUGCUCAAAAGUUAGUGCUUAAAUCCUCCUAUCUCGUUGAGCGAUUCAAGAACGGUCCAUAAUAAUUGCUGUGGAACGAGCCUCUUUAAGUUUUGUUCUUGUGUUUUUUUUCUUGAUCUAGCUGUACCAAUGCCGCCGAUGGAACGACUUAAGGUGGCGGAUGUGUUCGAUGCGGACGGGAAACCCAGAGCAGAUGUCUUAAAAGGUCAUUUCUUGAAGGAGGGAAGAAUUGAAGAAGACGUUGCUCUUCGACUCAUAAAUUCGGGCACCGAACUUCUGCAGGAGGAACCAACAAUGCUCGAGGUCGAAGCCCCUAUAACAGGUACAUGCCACUGGUAAUUUAGAUUUUACAGGUGUAUUUUUUGAUAAGUGUGUCAGGUCACAGUCUUAUGUGAGCUGUGUAUAAGCGUUCGAUCGAUGUGAACUGCUGAUGUAGUGUUCUAUUUGUCUUUGUAUACGUCUAGUGUGCGGCGAUAUACACGGUCAGUUCUACGACUUGAUCAAGUUAUUCGAAGUAGGAGGAUCACCAAGUUCCACAAGAUACCUCUUCCUCGGCGAUUACGUAGACAGAGGUUAUUUUUCAAUCGAGGUAGGAAAAAGCGAACAACAGUAAUCCUUGCCAACCAUCGUACGUGUGUUCUUAUUUCGCUGUUUCUUAUAUUAUUUGUGCAUAUCAACAAAUGAUAACUCCAUCUUUUUCUUUGAAGUGUUGUAAUUCUUCCUCUUUCUCCUCCUUUGGAUAGAGCUAUUAGCAUUUAUCAACUGAGAUAGAUGUUUCAUGUCAUCCUCCCCUUGUUUCUUUUGCAGUGUGUUUUAUAUUUAUGGGCGUUAAAACUCCUUUAUCCUAACACGCUAUUUAUGCUAAGAGGGAAUCACGAAUGUCGACAUUUAACGGAGUAUUUUACCUUCAAAACAGAAUGUAAGUACCUCAUUUUCAGUUAAACUAAAUUAAUAAUUUUAACGCUUGUUUUUCCCUUCUCUGUCUCCUACCCGAUUCGACAGGAGACGCCUUUGAUAUGCGCGUGAAAACAAAAAUCCAUCUUCGAACAAUCAAUCAUUCGAAUUAUCAUUUUUAUUCAAAGCGCUCUGUUGAAGUGGACAUUGAAGUGUAGUUCGUUCGUAUGCAUCUAACUUGACAAAUAUGUUGUUGUUUUGAUAUUGCAUUUGUCGACUUAAAUUACGGAAGAACUUUGAACCUCUUUCGACAUUUUUCAUUUUACACACACCGAAGAGUCAUGAAUUAAUUAUGACAUUGCGCUUUUAAAAUUCACGACGGUGUAUUGGUGCACGCUGUUGGAAAAGGAAGGAUUAUUUUAACUUGAUAAUUUUUCACGCGACUUUAAAGUUACCGCCAAUUUAUUCUUUUCUUCGGCUCAGUAAAUGUUUUUGGUAAUGCUCACAUAACUGUAAAUAAAUUUUGAAGGAACAGUUAUUUCUGCAUUGACUUAGUUGACUUGACAAGGUUUUAUUUUUGUUAGAAUUUCUAAGUUUUCUGAUAUACGCGACACAGCUGUUGUUUUAGAGUUGAGGAAUAUCUCGUUUCCUAACUUUCAUCAAACAGGUGCCCCUAUUAUAAACCCCUUUCUAUCUUUUUGUUAAAUUGGUGGCUAUUUAAAAUUUUAAUUUAUUUCAUACCUACACUGUGACUUAUGUGACUGUGCUAAAGUGAAAAACCAGAAUUUAACAGCAUUGUCACACUUUAUAAUAAAGUAUUAAGAAUUUAUGUUAACCCUGGAAUGCCCAGAUCCAAUUGGACAGAUCUGAUCAGAAUUACAGUGUAUAUUUCUGUCUAUUGGGUCUGAGUAAACAUGAGGUACAUGACCAUUCUCUGCAUGGCACCAUUAAUGUCAUGUGACAUUUUUCUUUAAUUUUAACAUUGAAAACUUCUUGGAGUGAAAAUUUAAUGUUUAACAAAGGGAAACAAUAAAGAAUAAUCAAGAUCUUUAAAAGAACUAGUUCUCGUGCUGGCUGACUGUUGUUAAGACCCCGUCUCAGUUCAUAUUAUUGUAUCAACGGUCAGUGCUGUUAAGCUAUUGGCCUUAUGUCCUUAAUCCUUUCUUCGUCAGUGAACCACAUUCAUUGUCAAAAGGGUUGAGAAGGCUGCUACUUUUUCCCUCUUUUUUUUUGUCCCUUCCCCCCCCUCCCCCCAUUGUGCAGUGUUGACCAAAUCUUAAGUGUUUGUGCAUGCAACUGUUCUGUUAUAAUAAGAUUGAAUAGAGGGGAGGGGGGAUAUUUAGCAAAAGGAACAACCAUCUCUUUUGAGGAUUAAAAUGAACUACUACUGAGGAAGUUUGCCCCUGAUUCUGUGGUCAACAUGCUCCUCUUCCUCUGUCAUCCCUCUUCUUAUCACAUGUAUUAUAACAGUAAACUCAUACACCAUUAAUCCACAAAAUGUAGGCUCUGCUAUCAGGGUAAAGACUGGCUGAAGAACAUUCUUGAUUUAUAUGGAACCCCCGUGGUCAAGUUCCAUCACAAACAAAGGGGAACCAAGAAGAAGAAUUUGUUAUGCAAAAAUUGGGGCUUAGUGGUUAAAGUAUUCCAUGGUAUGAUUUCUUUCCAGGCAAAAUAAAAUACACAGAAAAAGUGUAUGAUGCUUGUAUGAGGUCAUUUGAUGCACUUCCCCUUGCUGCACUCAUGAACAGACAGUUUCUUUGUGUCCACGGAGGAUUAUCCCCUGAAAUCUAUACUCUAGAUGACAUAAAAAAGGUAAGGUGAUCUUGUGGAAAGAAUAUGCUCUUCAUUGGAAUAGUCAGUAUUUUAACUAAUGUUGCGCCUAUCAUUGCUUAUGAUCUAUCACUUUUUGGAAAAUCCUAUUAUGAGAUCCUGGGAUUUCAGUUGCCAUGACUGGCCAUUUUGUCAAUCUGCAGCCUGUUUAACAGAGAGAAGUUGUUACGUCACAUUGCCAAGGUGACAGAGUGACAAACAAAGAGGUCAAACCAUGGUGCUAAAAAUGUGGCAGAAAAUAAAAAUAAAAGUGAAAUAAAGGAAUAAAAAACUUGAUGUAUAUGACUGCCCUGUCUAUGAUUGCACUCAGGAACAAAACGGUAGAGAUAAUUGUAGGUAAUUAUGGUCAUUGUUCGUUCUACAUAACAUGAAGAGGAAGUGUGACCAGUUGCGUUGAAAAAAUUAUUUUUCUUGAUGCAAGAAGUCACACUUAAUUCUCUCUACUAUUUCAUGUAAAGGCAUCAAAAUGUCCUCCAAGGUGAAGUGUAACUUAAUGCAUCAGAUAAAUAAGCCUUGUGUUUCAAACAUGUUUUUUCCCCAAAACAGGUUACGUUUCCUGUUUAUAUGACACAGCAAGCUGAUAAAAUUGCAAAACAAAAAAAACUGUACACCUGUUUUCUCUAGAGAGCUAUUUUUUCCAAUGACUGAACUGUUUUGUGUUUUCUAUCUAUGUAUUUAUUAGAUUGACCGAUUCACAGAGCCACCUGCAUUUGGUCCAAUGUGUGACUUGCUGUGGUCUGAUCCGCUAGAGGACUAUGGCAAUGAAAAAAAUGCUGAACAUUUCAGUCAUAACACUGUCAGAGGCUGCUCAUAUUUCUACAGGUAUUAUAGCGAGAUGUUGCUAUAACAAACUAGAUUGCUUCUAGGGUUACUCAUUUAAUGUAGAGAUCAGCUAUUUCGAGGAAGGUUGUCGGAAAAAUGUGUAUGCGACAAUCCCGAGAGGUAAUGUGGGAUAUGUUCAAUACACUGUUAGCUGUCGAACCUACUUUUGUUGAUCCCUUUAGCACUCACAGACAUAUGUCCAGGGGCUCUCCUUUCAUUCUAUCAAAUUUCUUUGAAAACCAGUGAACUCAAUACCACCCACAAUACCAGGGUUGUCACUAAGAUUUAAAGUUGCCGGGUAAAUACAACAAGUAGGCAGGGAAUAAAACGGCUACGGAUUUCUUUCGGUUCUAUUUUUCUUCUAUUUUCCAAUAAAAGUAGCCGGGGGCCACUCUCUUAGUAGCUGGGGAAAAUCCCCGGCCCCAGGCUCUUCAUGACAACCCUGCAAUACCUUUUGGGGUUGUUGCGUGCACUUUAUCCGACAGCCUUUCUUGAAAUAGCUGUAUGUUGUGGUUCAAUGUUAUCCUUGGUUUGAAUUUCAAACUCCUUUGUUUCAAACUCAUUAUCAUACAUUUCAAUACCCCAAAACAAAAGAAAAUGAAAUUUAAACCAAGGAUAAAAUUGGACCACAACACACACAUAUAUAUAUAUAUAUUUGUUAUAGAAUUUUCUUUUUCUCUCUUGUUCCUGCGUCGAAUAGCCCUCGCUAAUUGCAGGCAUAAGCUUUAUAAGUUAUACUAUAUAUCUUAACUUGAAAUAAACUUGUUGCUGUUGUUUUUGUACUGUAUCCCUGCAUUAUUUGAUACCCUUUGUCUAUUCUAAAACAGAUAACACAAGAAGUUUCUUUCGUUCUAGCACUCAGAAGAAUGUUGUAACUUCUACUGAUGCAUUGUUUGAUUAAGCAGAGUUUCCUGCCAUUAAUUUGUUUUUAGUUACCAAGCAACAUGUGACUUUCUUGUGAAAAACAAUUUGCUGUCAAUUAUCAGAGCCCACGAGGCACAAGAUGCUGGGUAGGUAACCCUAACUUCUGGUUACAUUUUACAUUAAAUACGUGAAAACAGUUAGCCUUUUCAUUUAACAUUUAUUAAAGGAACGGCAGUACUAAAACAUGGAAUCCGGAAUCCGGAAGUGGAAACGGAAUCACAGAAAUGGAAACGGAAUACGGAAUCUGUGAAAGAAGGUUCCAAGCGAUCGAUUUAAAAAAAAUAUAUUAGCAAUGACAAUAAAAUAAAUAAACAGAUAAAAAGAAAAAGACACAAAUGAAUAAAUUAGCUGAGUAGAGGAGAGGAGACUGCUGUACCACUAGAGGAGUCGAUUCCGGUGAAAAGACGCUUGAUACCACUAUCAGCAAUGAAUGCAAAUUCUCAUGGGACAGCAAAGCGAGGAGAAAAACGUUACUGACAAAAACUAGUGCCUUAAGAAAAAAGUUAUAUGGAGACAGACUUCGUUUGAAUCGUCAGAGGCGUCGUUUAUAUAACUGAAAGGCGUCGCCGUCAAGUUUUUCUUAGUGUCUUUUCUGGGUUGUCUGCAACAGUGUUCAGGUUUAUUUAUCAAGACAACUUACUCAAGAGAACCAUGGCAUUGUAGAGUCCAAAGAGAAGAGAGAAUUGUGCAUGCAUUUGCUUGAUUCCGCAACCGAUUAUAUCAAAAUAAUGCGCCAUGUUUAAUAAGCCUCUUCAACAAAAAUACGGACGUCCACGUAAACUCAAUUACUGGUACACCAGUAUUUCAUCAGUAUUCAGCUUGGCGAAAAAGUUGAACUUAUUGCUAAAACAACGGAACUGUGGUCACCUCACCGGUCGGUCAUGUGUGGAGUAUUCAGUUUGGGGAAAAUCACUACUAUUCUUGACAAUUAGCUACAAAAGUAAUAUUUAACGGUAUUAUUCAACCCAUGAACUCGUGAAUAAAAAUUACUCGAAAAAUUACUUUCAUCGGCCUUGCAGUGCAGUAACCCACGCUACGGCAAACCUUUUUAACAAGAAUAUAUUUAAGGGAACUGCCAAGAAAACUAAGACAAACUGGCUCUUUGGAUUGUACUAAAUUGUGUAAUGUGAAAUUCUUUAAUUUUCUAUCAUUGAUAUUUGAUUUCGUAUUCCGUUUCCGUUUCCGUGAUUCCGUUUCCGUUUCCGGAUUCCAUGUUUUAGUGCUGCCGUUAAAGGAAUGCUUUCAGCGUGCAAAGAAAGUCGUGUCCGAUAGCCAGGGGCUGGCAGAUUUUGCUAUAGGCUAGUGAUUUUUGUUCUUAACUUGCCCAUCGGGCAAGUGCUGUUUUUUGGGGAAAUUCAAAUUACGGAAGGAUUGUAAUCAAUCCUGCUAAUCAAAAGGGGUUUUGGGGCUAGUUGAAAUGACUCAUGGGCUAGUACAUGCUAGCUACAGCUUGCCCGAAUGGCAGGCUGUAAAACUUACUUUCUUUGUACCCUGGCUUUAGACAAGAGUUUUAAAGUGUUUUCUAAUCCAUUUAAGUGGUUUGCUGUGAGAUAGUGACAAUUCUAAGAGGGCAGUCGGUAAAUUGUUGUUGCUUGAAGUACAGUAGAACCUUAGUAUAAUGAAGUACCAAGGACCUGGCAAAAUAUGUUUGCUAUUAUUAGGGUAUUAUACUAUUACUGGUGUGAAGAAUAUUUAGCAAUUAUUGAAUGAGGCUGAGUAGGAUAUGAACAAUUCUGCAGAUCGAGGAGGGUGUUAUCCACCAAGGCCGGAGGCAGAGGUCGAUAACACCCUCUGAGAUCUGCAGAAUUCUUCAUAUCCUGCGAUAGCCGAAUUCAAUAAUUGCUUUAUUAUUCAUUCAAAAUGCUUAGCGAAAAAUGCUUACCUCGGUCGAUGUUAAGUUCACAUCGAUAGUGCAUCUUUUUCAGGAAAUUUAGCAGAUAAAGGUCUGCUCAGGUCUGCAAAUUUACUCCAAAUAGCAGAUGUUGUCCGUCGAGUUGACUCCUUGCUGUUCUUGCGAUGUUUUUAGACAAUAUUUCGCCAUGAAACGAGUACAAUAUCCGCCUGACAGUUCCGCCAUUUUGUUCAAACGACCAAAACAACUCAACCUCGUCCCCAGGUUUCCUUAGUCAACAGUUCAAUCUGACAAAUUAUUGAACCGAUGAUGUCAUUUUGACAUCAUUGGUUCAAUAUGACAGUUCAGCGGCUGGUUAUGGUGAAUUAUGCGUGUGGUUUUACCCAUUCAGAAAUGGGGAAAUAUUUUGAAUGAAUAAUAAUGUUCAUUAUACCAAGGACUUCAUUAUAGAGAGGCUUGUUAUAUCAAUGUUCCAGUGUAAGAGAAUAAAUAAAAGAAGUUUUAUGCCUUAAGAUUUUGUCAUGUUUGUCUCGUUAUCUAGCUAUUACAGCAUCAUGUUGUUAUGUCUGCAAGUUCUGACGUAACAACUUAAAAGCCGUAUACAGUGUUAUCUUGUCAUGAUGUUAUAAUGUUGUUUGUGUAAGCCAUUGAUUUUUUCCCAUGUGCACACAGUCACAAGUAGUUUCUCAUCAUCUUUAUUCUUUCUGUUGUAGAUACCGAAUGUACCGAAAGAGUCAAGAAACUGGAUUUCCUUCACUCAUCACAAUCUUCUCAGCUCCUAACUAUUUGGAUGUCUAUAAUAACAAAGGUUAGCUUUCACUUCCGGCAUCUUUUUGUAUUAUCAAUUUAUUGCACUGGUUUUAGUUAACCCUUUAAGCCCCAAUAUCCACAUACAAAUUCUCCAAACUGAUCUCCAUACAUCCACUUUAAGAAUUAGUUGAGAGAAUUUGAUAAAAGAUCAUGGAAUUUUCUCUAUGAUGAUCAUUUUAGUAAUUCUCAUAACUUUAUUUCUUGACAAUCUAUGGAUACAUUUAGGAGAAAAUUGAUGUUGAUCGCUAUUGGGACUUAAAGGGUUAACUAUUUCAUGUCCUUCUCCUUUUAGCUGCUGUGUUGAAGUACGAAAACAAUGUCAUGAACAUUCGGCAGUUCAAUUGCUCUCCUCAUCCAUAUUGGCUUCCUAAUUUCAUGGAUGUGUUUACAUGGUCAUUGCCAUUUGUUGGUGAAAAAGGUAAGGUUUGAAAUCAUGAAAAGUUUGUAGCAAAUCUGUAGAGAUUAGGACUGUAGAUAUCCCUGACGAUCUCUUUGUGAUAUGUGAAUAAUAAGUGGGAAGUUGUUAACUGCGUCUCUACUUUCAGUCACUGAGAUGCUGGUGAACAUUCUCAAUAUCUGUACUGAUGAGGAACUUGAAGGAGAGGAGGAUGAAGAACAAAGUGAAGCCAUCAAAAGGAAAGAAGUUAUUCGUAGCAAAAUACGAGCUAUUGGAAAGAUGGCCAGAGUAUUUACUGUUCUCAGGUGAGUAGUUUGAGCACCAGAGAUAAGACGGGCUGCCUUAUGUAUUGAUACCAAUGAAAUGCUCCAAUCGCAACUUUUUCCUAGCCAUUCUGUAUCAUGUAGACAUUUCCAAACAAUAUUUUCUUGGUUUGCCACUUGAAAAUCGUGUUUAACUUUUUGCAUGAAUUAAAGCAAAGGAGUAGUGACGUCACUGGACAGCAUUAACAGCCAGUCAAGUCAGACGUUACUGAGGGAGUAAUUAUGACUUGAAGUAAUUGGAUGAAAGUCAGGCUAUGUCACCAUCGCACUUUUAUUAUUUUCUCGACUUAUCUUUAAUCCUUACUGGCAACAAGUUUACGCUUCCGUCAUCUCUCCUGAUUGUUGCUACUCAUCAUUUUUGUGUCACCCUUAAUGUCACUGUAAACACUUCUUUAUCUUAUCACUUCUGCGCUUUUGAUGGUAAUUAUGGAUAUCCUUAUCGUGAUUAUGAUUGUAAUCAACCCACCUCAUUACAUUACUACUGUUCCUCUUCUAAUCAUAGUUUCAUGAAUGUUAUCUUGUACUGCACUGAUUGCAUUGGCUUUAUCAUUGUUUUUAAUUUUUAGGGAGGAAAGUGAGAGUGUUGUUCAACUCAAGGGCCUAACUCCAUCAGGGCAUCUCCCUGUAGGACUCCUCUCUGGGGGCAAGCAGGGACUUGAAACAGGUAAGCUUGAUUGUUCAGUGUUCAUUCUAGAAACAGCGGCAGGAUUUGCUCAGUCAGUAGAGCACUCGACUGCAGAGUGGAAGGUCGUGGGUUUGAUUCCUGGGGCAGGACCCAGACUUUUAGACUUUUAGACUUUUAGACUUUUAGACUUUUUGAGACUUUUUAUGGGGCACACAAUGGUGAAUUGUAAGAAAAAAAUGGUCUUGAACUCAGAAUAUGCCAGUAAUGCUAUUAGUCCCCGGCUUCCCAACCCCCCUUUUUCCAAUGGAAUUUAGGAGUAGGCAUCAGUGGUUAACAAAAAGUCUUAAACAUGUAAUUUAUUCUGUUUUGUAGCUUUACAAGGCCAUGUAUUUGGCCCCCAUAACAAAAUCAGUGGCUUUGCGCAGGCGAAAGGACUUGAUCAGGUGAAUGAAAGAAUGCCGCCACGGAAAGAUUUGCCCAUACAACCUGGAUCCAAGUGA